UUUUUCCUACUGAAUUUAGACUCGUCGGGUACAUGUGUUGAUCGUAUUAGCCGUAGAUAUUGUAGCCAUGUGAUGAAAGGUGUUUAAUAUAGUUUUAAGCAAUUUGAGGUUAGAGAGCGAAUAAAAUGGAAGAAGGAUUUUUUACAAGAAAACUGGAAAUAGGCAGCUGUGGUAAAUCCUUAACAUUAUUCCAGAAAGAAGUAGGGGAUGUUAGUUGUGUUGUAUGGGAUGCAGCAUUAGUAUUGGCGAAAUAUUUGGAAGUCAGAUGUGGAAAAACGCAAAAUUGGCUUAGAGGUCAGUCAGUUGUAGAACUUGGUGCUGGGUUGGGAUGCGUGGGCUUAACAGCAGCAUGCUUUGGUGCGAAUGUAACGAUGACAGAUCUACCUGAAGUUAUGCCACUUCUUCAGAAAAAUGUUGAUGCAAAUCAAGCCGUAUGGAGGUCUUGCGGAGGCAAAGUUUCCACUCAAGUUCUUCAGUGGGGCUCAGAAAUUCAGGAUUGGAAGACGCCAGAUGUAUUAGUCCUGGCCGAUUGUGUGUACUAUAUGGAGUCCGUGGAGCCAUUAGUGAACACACUGUGUUGUUUGACAGAUGAUAACACUGAAGUCAUUAUUAGUCAGGAGGAGCGAGAUACAGAGAAACAACGAAUUGUAUGGAAGGUUUUCAGGGACAUGCUACAGAGUCAUUUUGAAGUGAUGAAUGUUUUAGAAAAGGAACUACACCCAGACUUCUGCAGUGUGGAUAUUGUUGUUCUCCGAGCAGUGAAGAGACCUCAUUUUAACAAGGUUCAUCUUAUAUAGUUGUGCUGUAUGCUAAGUGUACAAUCAAUAAAGGUAAAUUAACAUCAUGUUAUAUUCAUA